AUGCAUCAUGUGCUGCUUGAAAGCUCCUUCGGCUUAAGAGAAGUUUCUGAAGGCUGUGGAGAAAUGCUAGAUAAUUUGGGAAAACUUGGCUUAACAUCCCACACUCAGUCUUUCUGUUUUGGCUACCUCACCGAAACGAAGAAAACUAUUGAAGUUGAAAUUCAGCCAGAGAGCAGACAUCUUGCUUGCUUGCAAGUUGCAACCCACGUGAUGGAAUAA